GUGUAUAUGAUCGUCCGAAGCAUGAAUUUUGUGAAACAAAGCUCGUUGCUCGUCAAAACCAAACACAGCGACUAGUUACAGAAGAAAAAGAACAUAUAGUUUCUUUAAAAUGAGUCAGUGCGUUCCCAGUUGGGAUCUGGACGAUAAUCAUGCUGCAACGCCCCACUCGCUCCGCUCUAACUCCAAUCUCACUGCUCCAGAUAUUCCUGUACUUGGUUGCCAAACUUUGAAACUUUUAACAGAAUUGACAUGGGAAAAUGGCCAGCUAGCCAUGCAUAGUUUAGGUCCGACGCGUGUACCGGCGAAGCCAUUGAUUUCCAACGCUCCUUCUAAGUACACUGCUUGGGAUAAACCACGGGCUAAUGGCACUUUGGAGUCCAUAGUGAACCAGGCCACUGGCGCACCGUAUCUUAAGGUUUCUCUUCACGGCGGUGGAAAUGAAAUUGUAUCCUGUUUGGAUCAACACCGUGCUGCAGCGGAUGCUUUGGUCCCUUGCUCGAAAAGGUCGACGGAGGACCGGACUGCACACGUGAUGGAAUCCAUACCAGGACUCGGAGGAUCUCGCUUGGUGGGAUCCUGUAGAGUUCCCAUCGGAACUCGAGAUGGCGAAGUACUCGUUACAGGGAAACGCACACGGGCGGCGGUUCAUGUUCCCGUAACACCCGAGUGGAGCGGCAAGGAACGAAGUGCAAGCGCCAGUGCCUCGUUCGGCCGCGAUAGCCAAUGCGUUACUUUUGAUACGUAUAAGAAAGAUUUGAGCGUGGGUUUUACUUCUACUUCCCUUGGUUCCCCGGAAAACACAAGCUCCACGAGGCCCUGUACCAAGGCCACCACCACUGCUGAUGAUCAUGACUCUGUUUGUCACAGUAGAGCCCAAAGGGAGGAAAUUGAAGAAGACAAGAAGGAAAUUGGGAAAUCUUCACUUUCAAAUAAAAGGAGCAGAGCUGCUGCUAUCCAUAACCAGUCCGAACGUAAAAGAAGAGAUAAGAUCAACCAAAGGAUGAAGACGUUACAGAAGCUGGUUCCAAAUUCCAGCAAGACUGACAAAGCUUCAAUGUUAGACGAAGUGAUUGACUACCUGAAACAAUUGCAAGCACAAGUUCAAAUGAUGAACAGGAUGAACAUACCACCAAUGAUGUUGCCAAUGGCAAUGCAACAGCAACUCCAAAUGUCGAUGAUGGCUCCAGCGAUGGGGAUGGGAAUGGGCAUGGGUGUCAUGGAUAUGAACACUAUGGGGCGUCCCAACAUCGCCGGCAUCUCGCCCGUUAUGCCUAAUCCUUUCUUGAACAUGACAUCCUGGGACGUCUCCGGUGAACGGUUACAACAAGCUUCCUCUGCAAUGCCGGACCCUCUUUCCGCAUUCAUGGCGUGCCAUUCACAGCCGAUGACCAUGGAUGCUUACAGCCGGCUGGCUGCUAUAUAUCAUCAAAUGCAACAACCGCCUGCUUCUGGUUCUAAGAGGUAAGCUUCAAGCCAUUACUUUUAGCUACGUUUUUAUAUAUCUAUACAAAAACUUCGGUUUCAAUUCUUACACUU